GCCCGUCUGUCUGUUGCAUUGUCUCAUUGGGGACGCAGCGCACGGAGCGCAGCGCCGCGGACACUCCACGGACCGCCAGGCUGAUUAGUGACAGAGAAAAAGGACAAUGUCAACAGCAAACCGAGCCUGGGUUAAUGAGAGACAUGACUGCUUAAUGCUCGUUCGGUGUGCCGGUGGAUUGAGGAAUUCUGUGCCAGUCAGCGGGUCUGCCUGAGCUGCAGGCUGCAUGGCACCACAGAUGGACUGGAUUACAUUCCCUUAAUGCUGCGUUGAUUCGAGCUGCUGCUAUGUUCGUAUCGCUCGUCCGGACCCGUGUUGCUCUACUGGGAGCUGCACCGUAGCCCGAUCCUUCCUCUCACCCGUUGCACGGUAGCUGGUCAGCGGUGCGCCCCGGUUCCGCCUGCCGGCACCCCGACGAGGAUGGCCGCCCGCCGCGGCUGCGUAAACUCGCUCUGGUCGGGCACCGAGCGCGUCCGCAUCGGAGAGCGCCUCAAGGCGACGCUGGCCGGGGUGCUGGAGCUGGAGGUGCUCAGGUGCAAACACCUGGAGAUGGUGGACGCCGCUCUGGAGGACCGAGUCGCCAACGACGAGGAUGCACAUGCGGAGGAGGGGAGCGGAACCUCGGAGAGCGCCGCCUCGGACGCCGAGCAUGGCUCUGCGACAUCCCGCAGGCAACAGGCUCCCUCUCCCACAGGUACGAUGGUCCUGCCCUGUCAGAGCAGCCCAGAGGACUGUGGUGGUAGUUCAGGAGACGGACCGGUCCACUUGUCAUCUGGCAGGGGGAGUAACUCACGCUGGUCCACUCUGUCAUGGGACGCCCCAUCAGACCUUCUCUCUUCCCCAACCCCGGAACUCAGUGGUGUGGUCCACCUGGACAGUGACUCCAGACCGAGUUCAGGUUUUUAUUCAGUGAGCGGGAGCUCUCUGUCGGACUCUUGCUACUCUGUGUCCAGUGAUGCCGCUCACGGAGGUCAGGGGCCACCUGCCAGACCCCUGAAGCUGUGGGAGCAGGCUCCUCUGUCGGCAGAUAACACUGACAUCCUGUGGUCAGAAGGUGCAGUGCAGCUGCAGCAGCCUGCACUCCAGACCAGCCAGGAGGACCCUGAACCAGCAGAGACACCUGUUUCAGUCCCAAGUGACCUUGAAGCAACGGGGCUGAGUUUUCUGUCAGACCUUUGCUCAGGAUUGGGUGACUCCCUGAUUUCUUCUCUCCUCCCACUUCUCAACCCUGCCUCCUCCUCCUCCAUUCAUUCAAAACCCCAGCUGGACCCCCGUUACUGCACAGACCUGGUGUCUCGCCGGACCAAAGAGGUGUACUCCUACCCAAGCCCACUGCAUGCCGUUGCCCUCCAGAGCCCCCUCUUCACCUCCCAGAGCCAGGAGCAGUCAGCCUCAGCGAGCCCUGAAGGACCACAGCAUGAUGAGCCAACAGAGUCACAGAACACUGAUCUGCCUCUCCAGCCACAGCAGCCCCCCACACCGGCCUCCUUCACCCAGCUGGAGCAGUACAUCUCUCGGCUGGCUCGCCAAUACCACAGUCGGACAACCUCCUCCACCUCUGAUCUCACUUCUGCUGCCACCCCUGGUCCAGCCACACGCAGAGGCCUUUGUACUCCUGGCAAAAGUCACGGCUCCACCCAGUCACUUUCUGCCUUUGAGAGCCGCAGCACACCCUCCACCCUGCCAGGGGGCAACAUCACACCCUGUAAGUCACUGCUGGGGAACUCAGCCAGAGUCAGCCUCAGCACUGCUGGGAAAAAAGGGACCAGGAAUUCAAUCAACCUGGGUAACCUUCCUUCAGCAACCGGAGAGGACUUGAGCAUAAAUCUGCAUCUCAACCUCAACUUGAACCUGACUCCUGGUUUAAAUUCUGGCCGCGGGUUGCUGGACAAUUCUAAAAAUGGCAGUUGUGGUGCUUUAAGGGGUGAUUUUCCCACAACUUCCACUGUCUCUGUCUCUGCCUCAUCACUUUCUUCUGUUACACCCACCCCAGCGCUGAGAUCACGUCCUCGCAUUUCAACUUGUCCAAGCAGCCUGAGCCACCGCAGUUCCCUGGAGGUCCCUUCAGGGUCUGGGACCAGUCCUGGGUUUGGGUCAUCCGCCUUCUGUCGCUCAUUAGACUGGAGCAGCGGAGCGCCACCUGAGACUGGACAAUCAGUCUUUAGUACAAAUACUGGAUCAGCUCCUGGGUCUCAGCGCAGCAGCUUGAUCCAAGAGUCCAGCUCUAGUCCCAAGUUAAGUGAAGACUCCCCCAUGGUGGGGGAGAUCUCCCGCCUGUCUGGCCUGUCUAGAGCUGUUGUGGUUGGACUGAUGGAACAAGGUGUGGAGCUAGAUAUUGACUGCUUCCAAACAGAUACUGCAGGUGAGGUGAGAGGUCACAGUAAAACUCACCUGACAGCCCAGACAGAUCAGCCACUUGACUAUACCAGGCUGACGGACCUGAAUCCCCAGAGACCGAUACAGCUCUCUCUCAGUGUCACCCAUUCUCCACAGUCUCAGUCCAGCCUCACCCCUCCUCUCUCACACUCCAGCAGCCCCAUACACCCUUACCAGUCUAUCCAUAUUCCCUCUCCCCACUACUCCUCACACUGCCACUACCAGCAGAUCCCUUCCCCAUCUGACCUUCCUUCCUCCACGGCUUCCUCUCCUGCCUCCCGCCCUACACCAAGAGGUCGCUCUCCUCCGCGCCCUCUCCAGCCCUCCCCCCUGGGUGCCACCCCCCUCUCGGUUUUCCGUCGGGAUGCGCCAUUCCAGUGCUCCCUGCCCCGCACCAUUACCAGACCCUCUCCUUUUGAGCAUGGCGGCAUCCAUCCACGAGGUGGAUCCCUUCGGCAGAGUGGGGGAGGAAACGAGGGUGGCAGCAAGUGGAAGAGGGGUGAGGGAGACGGGCUCUACAGGGGAAAGCAUGCCUCCCAUAAGUUGAUCAGGGCAGCCACAGUGAGCAGCUAUGCCAGGAGAGAGGACUACAGCUCAGUUUGGGGGGAGGAUGAGGAGAAGGCACAAACAGCAGCUAAGAAGUCAUCCAACAAACUCUGGAGGGGUUUUGAGGGACGGCUAUGGGGCAAAGAGUCUGAAAGUGAAAAGGAGGAGAUGGACAGAGCUGAGUAUGGCUAUGGCUGGAGGAGGAACAGCGUUGGAAGCUGGAGGAGGGAGCACCGAAGGGCGAAGGCUUCAUCCAGCAGUGGCGACAAGAGGCCAAAAGUGGAUAACUCCCCCAUCUUCUCAAAGAAGAGGGGGAAAGAGGAUGGGGAGAGACGCAGCUCCAGCCUCAGGCUUUCUCGGAGAGCUCUGUUCAGGAGUGAGUCUCAGGGCUUGCUGGUGCCUCGUAACCACAGCGAGGAGCCCACAAAGCGGUCGCACUGGGUCUCCUCCUUGGAUGUGGGACCAGGUGGCAUGGGGCUCAGCAGAGAUGAAGGCGUAAGACUUCUCAGAGCAAAGGGGGAGGACAAACGGCUGUCCUCCACUGCCAGCCUCUUCAACCUCUCUCGUUCUCAGAGCCUAGAAGGCAGCUGCCAUUCACUCUCCCCUCUCUCCUCCCCUUCAUUUUCUCCUUCCCCUCCUCCACGGAUGCCCCUCCAGCGCUCCCGAUCACUGAGGGAUUUGGGGAGGAGAGUGUUUGGCUCCAUGAGGUCCCUGAGUCUCAAACGGAAGCCAUCCAAGAAGUGACACUUCUACAACAAAUGAACAUCAAAGUAGAUGCAUCUUCCAUGUGUUGAAUUUAAACCACCAGUGAUGUUUGGUGUUAUAUUUGAUGUAACAGGAAGUGCCAUCAUUUUAGACUUUUCAAAGUUUUAUGACUGAUCAGACAGUUACACUGCCUCUAUAAAACUGGCCAUAAGAUAUCCGCCAGUCAUUUCAUUCAUCACAAACAUGAUGGAAGUUCCUCUCAGGCACAUAAAGUCUGUACCACCUGCUAUUAAUUUUGUUCAAAGCAUAAAUCACUAAUUCAUUCAAGAAAUGGUUUCGUAAAAUUUGAAAGACAUAGCCACUUUUUCUAAGCUCUCAAAAAGCUACAAAAUACCUGUCAAAUUCCUCCAUAUAUGUUCUGUAGCAUAGUUGGAGUGCUUUGAAGCUUUUUGUAGUAGAAAACCACGUGUUUUAAACUGUGUGUCCUACAGUAGCACGCAAGAGUGCUUUAGGAUGCAGCACAGAACACGGAGAGAAGUGAGUGAAGGAAAUAUACAGACUGUUGACACAUUAAAAGGAAAAAACAGAGCCCUUUGGCUCUACACUGAGGGGAUCUGGUGGCUUUGUUAUGCUGUGGGGGCAUUUUCCUGUCAUUAUUUUUGUUCACUUGUCCCCUGAGAGGAAAUUAUCACUGCAAAAUCAAUACAUUCUGAGUGAUCGCCUUUACCCGAUGACGGGAUUGGUCUCUCCCAGGAUGACAGUGUCCCCCAUACAUAAGGCAUGAGGACUCACUGAAUAGUUUGAUGAAAAUAAUGUGAAUCAUGUGCUUUGGCCUUCACAGUCACCAGAUCCCAAUCGAACUGAACACCUAAGGGACGUUUUGAACAAAUGAGGGAAUAUAUUUGGGAAGAAAGCUGUUCUUCCUUCCAGAGUUCCAGACUUGGAGAAUCGAUGCUAAGGAGCACUGAAAUUAUUUUGAUGGCAUGUGAUGACUCAACACCUUACUGAGACACUUUAUGUUGGCUUUUCCUUUAAUUUGUCACCUACAUCUAAGUGGCCAGUUUAUUUAGGGUUGAAUUAUUCCUUUGAGGAGCUAAAAAUCCUUUUAAAAUCUUCCUUAGUAUUGGUUUGAGUGGAGUUUUUCAUUGUGUGAAUGCUGUUUUAAAGGAUCUGUCAACUCAACAUUAAAACUAUUCUGGGAUCCUUUCAUGGCAAAGUAUUUCAAUUUGAAGAUGCUUAAAAUUAACUUAUAGUAUUGACUGUAAGAAGCUUCAUUAUGAUAUAGUUGAGCCCUCCUUUAACCAUGAGUAUGGAUGUGUGUGUGCACACUCCCCUUCUGCAUGCUGCUCUGUGACUUGUUCAGUGAUUAUAGCUAUUGUGAGAAUGUGAUAUUCCUCUUUGAUUAUGGGUAAUAUUGCCUCUGAAGUACAAUCAUAUUGGCCAAAUAAUGACCAAAACCAAGCAAAUACUCUUUAAUUUGAUAUUUUGCUCAGGAUUUUGAAAUAAAUAUUGAAUGAUUAAAAUAUUGAUGAGUUAUUUGAGAUAAAUUUGUGGCUUCUCAUGGCUUAUAACUAAUAAAAGAAACUGAUAACCAAA